GUUUAAAGAGUGUCUAUCAGCUGAAGAGAUCUUUUCCCUUCAUGGCUUUUCGAAUGCUACUCAGAUAAGCAGCUCCAACUUCUCUGUCAUCUGUCCAGCAGUCUUACAGCAACUGAACUUCCAUCCUUGUGGGGAUCGGCCCAAACACAAAACAAAACCAAGUAUUUCCGAAGUUUGGGGAUAUGGACUCCUGUCAGUGACAAUUAUUAAUCUGGCAUCUCUCCUCGGAUUAAUUUUGACUCCAUUGAUAAAGAAAUCUUAUUUCCCUAAGAUUUUGACCUUUUUCGUGGGUCUGGCUAUUGGGACUCUAUUUUCAAAUGCCAUUUUCCAGCUUAUUCCAGAGGCAUUUGGAUUCAAUCCCAAAAGUGACAACUAUGUUGAGAAGGCAAUUGCUGUGUUUGGUGGAUUUUACAUACUUUUCUUUUUUGAAAGAGUGCUUAAGAUGUUAUUAAAGACAUAUGGUCAGAAUGAUCAUACACACUUUAGAAAUGAUGACUUUGGUCCUUCUCAUGAGAAAACUCAUCAACCUAAAACGUUACCUGCCAUCAAUGGUGUGACGUGUUAUGCAAAUCCGGCUGUCACAGAGCCUAAUGGACACAUCCAUUUUGAUAAUGUCAGUGUGGUAUCUCUACAGGAUGGCAAAACGGAAUCAAGUUCGUGUACCUGUUUGAAGGGACCCAAACUGUCAAAAAUAGGAACAAUCGCCUGGAUGAUAACGCUCAGUGACGCCCUCCACAAUUUCAUAGAUGGCCUGGCGAUUGGGGCUUCCUGCACCUUGUCCCUUCUUCAGGGCCUCAGUACUUCUAUAGCAAUUCUGUGUGAAGAGUUUCCUCAUGAGUUAGGAGACUUCGUGAUCCUACUCAGCGCAGGAAUGAGCACUCGGCAAGCCUUGUUAUUCAAUUUCCUUUCGGCGUGUUCCUGCUAUGUCGGGCUAGCUUUUGGCAUUUUGGUGGGCAAUAAUUUUGCUCCAAAUAUUAUAUUUGCCCUUGCUGGAGGCAUGUUCCUCUAUAUUUCUCUGGCAGAUAUGUUUCCAGAGAUGAACGAUAUGCUGAGAGAAAAGAUAACUGGAAGAAAAACCGAUUUUACUUACUUCAUGAUUCAGAAUGCUGGAAUGUUAACUGGAUUCACAGCCAUUCUGCUCAUUACUUUGUAUGCUGGAGAAAUCGAAUUGGAGUAAUGGGAAAUGAAAGAUGGUGUUAUUAAUGAAGGCAUUUAAUAAAUAAAAACAUCUCCAAAGGGAUAUUUAAGCUGAUCCUAUUUAGUUCAAAGAUAAUCUUGUUUUCAACUGUAGGUCAAGAAAACUGAUUAUUGGUUUCAGAUCUGCUAAAUAGGCCAUUAUCUGUUGUGAAAAAUGCUUCAAAGUGUUUUCAGUUCCCGUCCGAAAAGGCUGGGACACGCGAUCUUUGGUCAAUACCCACUUCUUCCUCUUUCAUGCAUUCUAUGACCACUUAGACACCCAGACCCAGAGAAAAAUACGAGCUAGGUUGUAUAAGCCUUUAAACCUCCGUGGCAGGCUCAAAAGCUCACGCGGUUUCAGAGUGGUUUUCUUUCAGUUAAUUUGUUCCAGUGAUUUCACGACAAGUACAUUCAAAUGUGGAAGAGGAUUGACAUGUAUACAACACAGAUAGAAAUGAUUGCAAGGCCUUAAUGAGCCAGGAAAGAAAGAUUGCUUACAGCUUCUGUUCUGUUUUAUGUACCCGUUAGGGACUCGUAGGAUUGUUUUAAAAACCAUCCUAAAAAAAAUGUGAAUUAUGAUACCAGUAAAGUUUUGUUAGCCCUACUAAGUUCAGACUUUAUCUCACAUCUUAUCGCUAUGUGAAAGCUCUGCCAGAUCCCACACAAAUCCAGAAUUAAUUUUUUUAAAUGACUUAGGUUGCAAUCGCACCAAGGCACACGGCAGAAAGUGUGAGGCUGGGGCUGCUCGGCUUCAGGAUACCGUGCAUUUUUGCUUUGUGAAGGGAAAGACUAUGUUGGUUUAUAGAAAGAUACUGAAUGUAAUUUUAAGCAAUUUACUUUUAAAAAUAAACACAAUUAUUUAGCAGAAAAUAACAAAAUAACAGGCAGACCACUGUAUGGCAAGGACUGAUUAACUAGAAAACACAUUCCUUAAUGGAUAAUUGAGAGCGAUCAGUAAAGACUUCUGUGUUCAGUCUACAUUUUUUCUAUAUGGCAUACCUUGAGGAAAACUUCCACACACCAUGGUUAUUUUUGUACCUCUUUUAGGUGAUAGGGCCUAUUUGCUCCCUUAGCAGCUAUAGAAAGCUGGUCUGCAGUUGAACAUCCUGACCCCAAUUCACACUCCCACGGCACUUCAGGGGAGAUGAUUGACAGUGAGGAAAGUGAUGGAUAAAAGCCAACAAUGACCUCAGGAAUCACAUUUUCCCACAGGCCAUACAGUGAUGUCACACAGCAACAAUGCAGAUUAGAUCAACGUUUAACACGUCUGUUAAUGUAGAAUUCACUUUAUGACUGACAAUUUAAAAAAUUCUUGUUUGACCAAAUAGUAAACACCUUUGAAGCCAU